UGGAAAAUGGCAGGCAUAUUCCUAAAUUGAGCAUUAGCUUAAAAGUAAAAAACUGUGUUCGAAAAUUUAACAAUCAAAUGUACAUGAUCAAUGACUGGCUUGCUGGAUGUUCUAGUGCACAAAGAGUUUAUUGUUGGGCAUGUCUUCUUUUUUCAAAUGAUAAAAAUGUAUGGAAUACUUACGGAUAUAAUGAUUUGUCAAAUGUACAUAAAGCAGUAAAAAAGCACAGCCUAUCAGAAAGUCACUUGAAGGCUGUAAUAUCUGAAAAAACUUUUGGUAAAGCAAGGAUUGACUAUAUGUUGAGUGAUCAAAAGAGAGUUCGUGACAAUCAACAUAAUCAGCUUGUUAAAAGGAACAGAGAAAUCAUGAAACGUUAUAUUGAUACAGUAUGUUACUUAGCAAAAACAGAGCAAGCAUUUAGAGGUCAUGAUGAGGCCACUAGUUCAGUAAACAAAGGCAACUAUGUCGAAUUUAUUGACGUGCUAAGCAAAUAUGAUGGACAGUUAAGAGGAUUCCUUGACAAUGCUACAACUUUCAGUGGACUGUCCAAUUUAAUACAAAACGACCUCAUAGAAUCUGUGUCAUAUGUUAUGCUUGAUGAAAUUAAAAAAGAGAUCCAACAUGCAAAAUUCAUUUCAGUAAUGCUUGAAGAAGCCACUGACAUUACCAAUUUAUGUCAGUUGUCAUAUGUGUUUCGGUAUUCAUUGGAUAACAAGGUAUAUGAACGGUUCUUAGGGUUUGAAAACGUCUCUCAAGAUAGAACAGCAGAAGCACUUUACACAUUUGUUACAAAUCUUAUGCAAAAAUAUGAAUGUGAAAGCAAAAUAGUUGCUCAGACCUAUGAUGGUGCUGCUGUCAUGGCUGGGGAGUUGAAUGGCCUGCAGUCAAGAGUUAAGGGAAAAUAUCCAACUGCUUUAUUCAUACACUGUUUUGCCCACAGACUAAAUUUAGUUUUAUCACAAGCAAUGGCAAAAAUAAGUAAAUGCAAAGUAUUUUUCAUGACCUUGAAUGGAUUGUCAGCCUUUUUCAGUAAAUCUACCAAAAGAACACACGCUCUUAAUCAAGAAAUGACCACGAGAAAACUUCCGAAAGUGUCAGCCACUCGUUGGAAUUAUGCAUCAAGACUAGUUGAAACUGUGUUUGAGUGUAAAGAAUCCCUUAUCGCUGUAUUCGAGAAAAUGAGAGAUCCCGAAUCUGAGUGGGAUCAAGAGUCAUAUAACCGUGCAGGGGGAUUUUUAUCAUCGAUGACUGAUUUUAAUUUUUGCUUUCUCUUAAAUCUUUUUGCAUCAUUUUUCCCAUUGUCAGAUACACUAUUUGAUAUACUGCAAGCAAAAAUUCAUGAUGUUGGUUAUUGUGUCAAAAAAGUGAAUGAUUUUCGCCUGGCUUUGGAACAGAAGAGAGAAGAGUUUGAGAACAUUUGGGAAACAACAAAGAACUGUGAUCACAUAAAUGAAAAUGAACCCAGAUUUAAGAGACAAAAAGGAAAUGUUGAUGUGAAGACGUCAUUCUCACGACUUUAUGUAGAAAUAUAUGACACGAUACUUAACCAGGUUAAUAUCAGAUUUGCAAAUUUGGAUUCAUUAAGAUUCUUAGAGCUUUUACACUCUCCAUCAUUCUGUGAGUUUACUAAGUUUGGGCAAUUUCCAGAGCUUGCUUUUCAAUCGCUGAAGUGUAGCUAUGAUAAUUUCUUUGAUUUUUUAUCACUGAAAUCGCAACUUAGAGUUGUUUACAUGUCAGAGGAAUUCAAAGAUAAAACUAUAACAGAAAUUUUAAGUUUUAUAAAGCUGAAUGACUUGGAAAAGGCUUACAAUGAAGUAGCAAGACUUUGUGAAUUAAUUUUAACAGUUCCAGCAACGACUGCAUCUGUAGAGCGCAGCUUCUCUGCUUUGAAGCGAAUUAAAACGUACUCAAGAAAUUUUCAAGGUCAAGAAAGAUUGCAAAGUUUAGCCCUUCUAUCAAUUGAAAAAGAAGUAUUGCAUAAUCUUCAGAGCAAGCCAGAAUUUUACACCAAAGUUACUGAUCAUUUUGCUCGUAAGCCAAGAAGAAUUCCAUUGAACUAUGUUAAAAAUGAGAAACCGGCGUCUAUCACUCGGAAGAUACGAGCCGAUAAAAGAAAUAAUAAAAGACUUGUACGAGAGAUAGUCAGAGAAUGUGGCCCAGCGAUACAGGAGAAUCCUGACCAACAAAAGGAAUCACUUUUGUACAUAAGACAACAGCCAGAUGCUGGACCAACAACUCCAUCAACCUCAGAAGAUGGUGCACCUCCUGGGAGCAAUAAGGGCAGACCAGCAAAUAAAACAAGAAAGAGAAAGAUAUUGGCACAAGAUGUGACUCAAAUACAAACUGAGGAUCAAGAUGAACAACAAAGUGGACCAAGAACAAAGAGAAAAGGAUCAAAAGAGAAAACAUCAGAAAGCCAGAGAGAGGAAACACUUGACAAGGAAGUGCUGGUCCAGCCUAAUACCUGUACUCACAAACACAACAUUCAUGUUGACGUCUCUAGUAAAGGAUGGCAAGUGUUUGGUAUACCUAUAAAGGAAGAAAAUUCAGACAGUGAUGGAUUUAAUGAAGAACUUCAAGGAAAAAUCAAGGAAAUUGAUGAAAUUGUGAAAGAAGAAGAAGAAGUUUACUGUGAUGAAGAGUUCUCAUGUGAAAAAUCAGACCAAGGUUUGAAAGUGAAGGAAGAAGAAAAACCAGACCAAGGUUUGAAAGUGAAGGAAGACGACCUGGACAAUUAUGUAUAAGUAAAAGUUGGAAUAGAUGACAGUGAUGAGUCUAAGAAGGAAGAUACAACAGAUGGUGACUUGUAUGUGACUGUAGGAAUACAUGAUGUUUAACAGAUGUGCUGGGAGACAAAAUUACAACAGAAAAACUUUAGAUGACGUGUAACAACUGACGCUGAAAACUGUGGUCUUAAUAUACUUUAAUACAGGGUGAGUCAUUAUGAUUAAAUAUACUGUAUGUAUGAAAUACAAUACAGAAGUACUGUAUGUUAAGUUAUUGGACACCUGCACAUCAGAAACAUUGCAAGAACAGACGGGAGAUUCUCCUUUAAUUACAUUUUGACAAAAGUAAUACAAAAAUGGUCAAAACUGAGUGAAUAUAUAAUCUCUGUUAUGAGGCUGUAUGACUUGUGUGUUGGACAAACAGAACAGUUUGGCUGCUAGAUAUUGUAUGGAUCAUUUAACCCUUAAACAUUGGCCAUCAUUAGUGAAAGUUUGUUGUAGGGACAGUUACCAUCAUCAGGGGAAGUUAGUUGUAGGGACAGUUACCAUCAUCAGGGGAAGUUAGUUGUAGGGACAGUUACCAUCAUCAGGGGAAGUUAGUUGUAGGGACAGUUACCAUCAUCAGGGGAAGUUAGUUGUAGGGACAGUUACCAUCAUCAGGGGAAGUUAGUUGUAGGGACAGUUACCAUCAUCAGGGGAAGUUAGUUGUAGGGACAGUUACCAUCAUCAGGGGAAGUUAGUUGUAGGGACAGUUACCAUCAUCAGGGGAAGUUAGUUGUAGGGACAGUUACCAUCAUCAGGGGAAGUUAGUUGUAGGGACAGUUACCAUCAUCAGGGGAAGUUAGUUGUAGGGACAGUUACCAUCAUCAGGGGAAGUUAGUUGUAGGGACAGUUACCAUCAUCAGGGGAAGUUAGUUGUAGGAACAGUUACCAUCAUCAGGGGAAGUUAGUUGUUGGGACAGUUACCAUCAUCGGGAAGUUUCAUUUUCCUUGUGUUUCACACACACACACACACACAUGUGGGGCAGUAGAGAAUACUUAGUUGAUGGUUAAGGGCUAAAUGUCUUUAUGCAGUAUGUCCGGUUUCUUUGUUUACCAAAAAAAUAGUACAGGUAAUUUAUACGUCCCAAUAUUUUUUUAAUACGAAUAAGCUGGAGGGGAUAUUAGAGUGCAGGGGUGAGGCUGUACACAGAUACACAACUGACAAACACAAAUGCCUGUUGUCAGGCAGCCAAAUAAUAUGUAGAUUUAUAAUUACAUAUCUUAAUUUAAUUUAUUUUUAAAUCUGAAUUGAUGAAAAAUAUUAAUUUAUACCCUGUAUUAAUGAACAGUUAAUACAAUGUUCGAAAUGUAUUAGUAUGGUUAGUUAUAUAUACAGCUUACUGGAGGAAAUAGUACCAUCAUGUUAAACUGUGAAGUAUUAACAUAUUAAAUUUUGAUGGCAAUCAGAUUAUGGAGCUGUAGUCUGUCUUUAUUACUAUUCAAAAAAAGUUAUUCAAUUAAAAUAUUAUUAUUUUCAGCCAUAAAAGGCAUAAGUGUGCAAGGUUAGUAGUUGGGAAGGAGCAGGUCAGCAGUGGCCUCCCAUCCAUGGCUUAUACCAGUUACUGUGGUGAAAAUUUUACCAUUUCCUUAAUUUCUUAUUUUUUCAUCGGGUGGAAUAAAAUAUCAUUGAGGAAACCACAUUAAAUCCCUACUGUCUUUUGUCUUUAUUUUGGUUAAUUCUAAAGAUAUAUUAUGUUGUGUGUGAAAGUACUGUACAGUAGUAGAGUUACCAAGUGGUAUUAAUGUUGUACACAAAUAGGCUUUUUUAUGUUUGGUAAAGUAUUUUAUUCAGUGAAACUAAUAAUCAAACUAUUACAGCUAGUUGUCAGACUAAUGAAUAGUGUAGGACAUAUGAUGAGAAUGAGGGAGGAAGGCUACCAACACCUCUCUUAUUGCUCUCAACCUCACACAUUGUGGUUCACAAUGACUCGCUGACUAAAGUAAAGUACUGUAUGUGCAGGGGUUUCCUGUACAUUUUUAAUGGGUUAUUUUGUGUAUUCCAUAAAUUACCAUUAAGAAUACAAUACUACUCAGGUGUACAAAUGCAUUCACUCAUGACUCUCCUCUGAUUAACAUUAAAAUGAUUAUUAUUAUGUUAAUACUACUGUAUAAUUAACUACAGUAGGGUGUAUUUUGGAUGAAAGUAAAAACUAAUCAGUGAUUUUUUCACAUUGUGGGACAAUGUGUGCCCCAUACAUUAUAGUUAGAGGUUAUAUUGUGCAGUACUGUACCUGGAGAUAAAAAAUGGUAAAAGCUUCACUAUACAGAAUUCCCACAGUAUAGUAUAUGCAAUAAUUAGUCCAGUAAAUUGACAUUGUACUGUGUGUGUAAAAUGGAUUAUGGGUUGAUGAAUAUUUACAGUUGCAAUGUGGAAGACAGAAAAUGGAGAGACCAUAUAUCCAAUAACUUUUAGUGUGAGUCAGAUGAACCACAAGAGACUGUACACAGUGGGACAACUUCUGCAGAAGAUUAUGUGAUGGAAACUUAAUGGUGAAUGAGGUGAAAAGUAUAUUUAUGAAGCCUUCAAGCAAGAGUCUGAUUCACUGUGUGUCUCAGGAAUAAAUUGAGGAUAAUUGUUUAUUUUUAUUUUUAUCUUAAAUUGUUAUUUUUAGUUUUACUUAUUUUUAAUGACUACAGAAUGCAACAUCUCAUAAUUUGGUUUAGUCAUUCAUCUCUACAAUAAAUUUUUUAUUAAAAUGUUUGUGUGUAUUUCAGAUUCAGAGAACCUGAGAUUUAUUUAAAACAUCCAAGUGAUAUUUUUCUUGUGAAACUUGAUGUGUUUCAUUACAGUGAAUUUGGUAAUGAGUAUUGUAGAUGUGUUUGUACAGAUUACUGUACUGUAUAAAGUAGACACAGUACUGUAUCAAUAAUGGUUCAAAGAUUUCAGUACCACUUUAGAAACAUGAUAAAUUGUGAAUAAUGAAUAAAAACUACAUAACUG